GUUUACCCAAUAACAGCGGGAGGUUAAAUCAGGAAACUGCUGGGAAAGCUGUCUGGAUAAUCCAUAUGGCGUUACUUGCACAAAUCAGAUUUAUUUUUUAACAUUUCCUUUGCUAACAUUCAGAUUUCAUUGAUGAUUUGCCUAUUAAUUUGGCUUGAGAUGUUUCCUUUUCUGUUGCUUUCUUUUUAUUUAACACUGUUCAUGUCUCACCCCUGUUUUUUUCCAUUCCCAUCUCCGCCCCUUUGCUCUUGUCUGCAAUCAACUUCUUCAUCCAAUAAGGCUGGGCACAGAUUGGUGUUAGUGUUGGGAGACCUUCAUAUUCCUCACCGCUGUAACAGCCUGCCAGCUAAAUUCAAAAAGUUGCUGGUUCCAGGGAAAAUCCAGCACAUUCUUUGCACCGGGAACCUCUGCACAAAGGAGAGCUAUGACUACCUCAAGACCUUGGCUGGCGACGUGCAUGUCGUAAGAGGAGAUUUUGAUGAGAACUUGAACUAUCCUGAACAGAAAGUAGUAACUGUUGGACAAUUUAAGAUCGGGCUGAUCCACGGCCAUCAAGUGAUUCCCUGGGGCGACGUGGCCAGCCUUGCCCUGCUGCAGAGGCAGUUUGAUGUUGACAUCCUGAUUUCAGGGCACACACACAAAUUUGAGGCAUUUGAACAUGAAAAUAAGUUCUACAUUAACCCCGGAUCGGCAACAGGAGCCUAUAGUGCUUUGGAAAACAACAUCAUCCCUUCGUUUGUGCUGAUGGAUAUCCAGGCCUCCACCGUCGUUACCUACGUUUAUCAACUGAUUGGCGAUGAUGUGAAAGUAGAAAGAAUCGAAUACAAGAAAUCUUAAAAGCAAGUUGUCCUUGCCUAACUCCUUCCAGUCUCUUCUUUUUGCAAUAUGCACCCAACAGUCCAGUGUCUGCAGCCAUGUGAGUUUAUGGGAUGGCUUCUCUUACCCUGUCGUAGGCAACUAAGUUUACAGCCCUUGGCUUCUAACAAAGUCUGCCUUGGCUUGGCUUUUUUUUUUUGGCCCGAAAAGUGGCUCCUGCUUGUAAAUACUACUCAAAGUACACAGCAGAAUUCUAUCUGUUCAUGUGAACUGUUCCCAGUCUUGUAAUAAAUACUUGUUCAACUUCAA